CACCGCAAAGUGACAUGUAAGGCGAAGGGUGUACAGAACAUGGAUGAUGUAGUGGCCAGUCCUGAGGGAGCCCUUUGCCCUCUGGGGUUCUUUUUUGUCUUGUGUAGCUACGAUCUGGGAACUGCUACCCCCAGGAAGGCUGGCAUUACUCCCAUGCUCACAAUGCCAUUUUGGGACCGUUUGGGGAACUGAUGACCGAGGACGACAUCCUCCACAUCGAGAAGCAGAUCCAGAACCUCCAAGUCGUGCGCAAGGUCCAGAAAGUGGAGACCGAACUGGAACAGCUCGAGCAGGAGCUGCAGCAGCUGCUGCCCGUCUCUGCCGCCUUGGCGAAGGAACACUUCACCGUCAACCCCAAGCGCAUGCACGGCCGGGCGGAAGAUCUCCCUGCUUGGUGCAACAAGAUCUCCAUUCUCUUGAAAAGCAUGUCUAUCCUUCUGGCCAUGCUGGGGGGCAAAGCCACCAGUCUGGCCGAGAUGGUGACCUCCGAAACGUUGGUGCAGAAGGCCGAGGAUGCACAGGGAGUCCCGUUGGCAGCACCCACUAUUAAAGAUGGCCUGAGCCCCGUGGCCCGUUCUCAGUCCUUCAGCUGCAGCAGGGAGGAGGUGGAGAAGGAGAUCAUGCAGUGGGGGGUGUCAGUGAAGAAUCUGAAGGCCAACUAUGAGGUCCACGUGCAGGAACAGCUGAUCAGCGCAGCAUCCCGCCGGGUGUACAAAAGGAAGCGCUCCCUGCCGGUGGGAACGGCUCAGUUCACUCUCGGUCGAGAGCCCAUUUUGGAAGAAGACUACAUCAUGGGCCUCGAGCCGUUCAGCGUACUAGGAGAGCAGGAGAUCUCCGUUGGUGGACUGGAAGCCCCCAUUCAGCUCUCCCAUGCCCCUCUUCUCUACGAGGAGGGGCCCAGCCCAUUCUCCAGGGGGGACUCCUUCGCGGAAGCCAUGUUCAGCCCUGACCACAUGACCAGGAGCCUCCCGGUGCAGACGGAACUGAGUUGCGUCCAAGACUACAUCGACACGCGGAAGGAACGGAUUGUCUAUCUCUUCCUGGAGCACUGGAAGAGGUGGACUUUCACUGAAUCGGGCCGGCAGGUUCAGCCACAGAGGAGGGCGGAGAUUCUGAGUCCCAAUCUGGAGGAAGGCCACAAAGCGUACAACCGGUCUGCGUUGAUAGCCACAGGGCCGAAACCCAGCGAGGACCACCAGCUCUUGUACUUCAUGAAGCAGCGGCAAGUGGUAGGCAAGUUGCUCACCCACUGGAGAAGCAUCAUCAGCCAAGUUCCCACGAGGCAAAUCCGCCGCCUGAGCCGCACUGACAUAUUCUACUGGCCUGAGCAUUUCUUGCCCCACGUCAAUGGCUCGCCGGCGGAGUACGACAGCCUCACCUUGGACCUCUUCAUGCUAGGUUACUUCCAGCUUCUGGAGAUGGACAUGAGCCGGGAGGAACGCAAGUUUCGCCACCUGCUCUGCUAUGAGAUGUUUGACCGUCUGGGCAGUCACAGCUGGGAGAUCAUCCGCCAAUUUCACAAGGUGGUGAUGGAAGCAGUGGAGGUCGGGAAGCGGGAUUGGCUGGAUGGCUUUGAGGACCUCAAGCAGAGGUUCUUCAGGGAGAGCCUGCUGCUGGACCACGGGACUACCCCCAGCGUGGAUGUACCAGCAGAGAACCAGCACCCUCCCCCUGCUCUCUCCCACCAGGAACCUUCUCAGUCCUUGGUUAGCAGCACCCAAGAGCCCAAGGCAGUUGCAGAUGAGCUGGCUGUUGUCCCAGCCCCCAAAACUAGGAAGAACUCCAUCCAGCUCAUUUCAGAGCUUGGGGAGUUCAGCAACGAAGAUAUUUGCCGCUAUAUAGACCGUAGCUUCUCGUUCUGGAAGGAGAAGGAGGCUGAGAUGUUCGACAUCUGAGGGUACAGCUUCCUGGAUGGUUAGAGAAGAUUUGGUCCAUGGUCUUCACAGAAGAUGGCUUCUUACCCUCAAAUAUGGAUUUGUCCAAUCUAGGACUGGCCCUCCACCAUUACAGAAGGUGACAUUGGUUACUUUUCCAAAUAACAUUUGUCAGAAGGUGAGCUGCUGUUAACUAGGACUUUGGCUGGUCUUGGUGGACCAAAGAACGGAACACAGUUGGGUUCCCUCAAGAUCUGCUGAGGAAACGGCACACAAUUCUGAGGCCAACCAGGAACUCAGGUUUAUACCACAUUGCUAUGGUUCCAAGACAUAUACAGAGUUACAGCAAUGUCCUAGCCCUGCCUGAACUCAGACUUCA